GAGGCGCUUCAUCAGUCGUGAUUCGUCGUCAACUGGCUAUAGGACGAGGGAUGGGAAAAAAAGAAGCUUGUUUGAAAAGUGUGUAGAGCAAGAACAGGUUUAUUUAUCGAACUCUGUGUCAAAAUCAUAAACAACGAGACGCGGCCUUGUUCAUCGUUGCGAGAAAGAAGCUCAGAUUCAGAGUCCAGCUGUUGAACACCCUCAGGCUCACUCAAAAUAAAUCGCAUCAAUUUCAGCGUCUUCAAGUACCCCAAAAACGUCCUGUAUUCGCACUCGACGAUGUGGACGACACUCGAGCUCUUGCUCGUGCGAUCGUCUCGCCUGCGAUGCACAUGACUAUAAGAAAUUUCAACGGAAACAUCACGCCCAUCACUCCGAGCUUCGUGAACAUGUGGAUGCUCGAACUCUACAAAUAACUCCUAUGGACAGGAACACCGCGAGAAAGUACUAUCGGCAACGCAACCAGAGCAGUCAAUGCGCGAAUCCCGGUCAUCCCGCCGCUGACAUUUUCCGUUUGCGUCCUCCGACCGAGCGUCGAACGUUGCCCGCGUUGGAGACGUUGGAGUCCUAGUCGUACGUCGCUGUCUGUGUUCUUUCGAUCCUCGUCAAGCUUCGUCUCGUCGCCUACGCCGGUGGAGCACGCGACUCCAUCGACCAGGUUUCCCUUCGUUCGACCUCUCACCUCCAAGUGUUCAUCAUCGCGCCAGAAACUUCGACGAACGGAAAAAUGACUCGAGCAAAAAUUGAAUUGGGAGAUGUCACACCACACAAUAUCAAGCAAUUGAAAUUAUUAAACCAAGUUGUGUUCCCAGUGUCUUACAAUGAAAAGUUUUACAAGGAUGUUUUAGAGGCAGGGGAAUUAGCAAAAUUAGCAUACUACAAUGACAUUGUGGUUGGCGCAGUUUGCUGUAGGGUUGACACAUCAGAAAAUUCCCGAAGAUUGUAUAUAAUGACUUUGGGCUGUUUGUAUCCGUACCGAAGACUCGGAAUAGGAACAGUUAUGGUACAGCAUGUACUAAAUUAUGUUGAAAGGGAUGGAAACUUUGAUUCGAUAUUCUUGCACGUCCAAGUAAACAACGAGGGCGCAAUAGAUUUUUACAAAAAGUUUGGCUUUGAAAUUGUUGAAACGAAGAAAUAUUACUACAAAAGGAUCGAACCCGCAGAUGCCCACGUAUUGCAAAAAACGCUGCGACCUCAUAAUCAGACGUCUACUCAGUAAAUAUAAAUUCGUACUACACCUGUUCCGUUUACGCAUCGAGUCUCCGACCCGUACUUUUACAUUCAGCCAUCUAUUGUACAAAUUAAAUAAUAAAUAUGCAUAUCUCUUUAUCAAACGUUGUUCUGGGAUUGCAUGUAAAUACAUUUCUCUUCAAACACUAUAA